AAUGGUAUAUCUUGGUCAUCAGAGAUCUUAGGACUGGAGGAGUAUUGAAAUGGAGACCUUGCGAGUAACAUGUGUUUUGUCAAGAAAUUUGCGAAAAAGUAUUUUCUGCGAGAGACAGUUGUUGAACCAUCGACUAUUAACGAUAAAUGUUUUUGCUGCAAGGAACCAAAGUACCCAACAAACCGAUGUUAAGGUGUAUCAUGGACCAUUGGCGCAGCAGAUUCGAGGAGUGAAGUUAUUUUCAUUGGUUACUAGUGCAGGCGGUCUGGUUGCUCAGCCGUACCUUAUUCAACAUGCAACAACUUUCGGAAAUUUACCGCUGUCCAUUGCAAUGCUCGGAUUUAUAGGAUGUUUCACAUACGUAACGCCGUUCUUAUUGCAUUGGAUAACAAAAAAGUAUGUGACGGAGAUUAGAUACACGCCAGAUAGGGAAGUUUAUACUGCUGUAGUGUACAACUUUUUUCUGAAGGAGAAAAAGAUAAUAUUUCACCCAGAGGAUGUCGAAGUACCAGAAGUUCCUGGCAUGUUCUCUUCCUUCCACGUCAGAGGUAUUCCUCUAUUUGUUGAUCCUAGGAUGUUUGAAGACAAAUCGCAUUAUGCUCGUAUAAUGGGAUAUGACAAACCUCUAGACUUGAAGCUUGGAGACCUGGAAAAUGAUAAGAAAACGUGAUAAGUUCACACCAGUGUGUAUUGAGAAUAAACUGAAAUAAAUUGAGUGACUAUAUUGAAAGUAGUUAAUGUGAGUGAAAUCUUCAAGUGUUAAUGUAUAAUUUUGGGAAAUUUCCCAUGUCUACCUGUUUAGUGCCUUCCUCUGCUUAGUGCUGUUUAGCACUAAUAAAUUAUUGAAGGUGAGUACUUACUGGAUUUUCCAUUUUCUUUAUCCUCCACACUCAUUCCAGGAGCUCAGCCAGCAAUGGCUUGUUGCAGGCACAGUGUAGCUGAACGCCUCGUUGUGGCAGCUAAUGGGCAUUGCCAACCACCCUAAUGUCUUGGACACCACGUGUGCUUAAGCCAUCAUGUUCAACUGUAGAACAUAGUGUAUCAGGGAGUGCGCAUCUUGGCAUAAUCACCUAUAGCAAAAUGAAAUAUUUCACUUCAAUUUAUGCAGCUUUGUUAAUGGAUGGUUUCAGUUUUAAAUUUCAGCUUUAAAAAUAUUUAUUAAACAUGUAGAAAUUUAUUCUGAGUUAAAAAAUUUGUUUCAUGUCGAAGUAUGUAACUUGUUUGUCAAGUUAGCUAUUCAGUUUUAGGCUAUAAGAGACUCCUUUCAAAGCCUUACAUAUUUAUUGUACAUUUGAUGAGAGUUACGUAGAGGGGGGCGGCACCCUCCCCCCUUUCAUUUCUCGUAAUUUAUGUACAUUAUAUGCAUCACAAUACUUGUCAGAGACUUGUAUAUUACCUAAUAUAAAUUUUCUGACUAUC